AUGCUACAUUUGUUUUGUGCUGCUGUGACCCUAUCGAUCGGCGCUGCCAUUGUGCUCGCUGCUCCCGUCCCCGGCGGCACUUGGCCAACUAGCCAAGGCCGUGUCAGCUUUGCUGCAGUCUACGUUGUCGAAUCGGGCCAAGUUUUCGACGGCGGCAUGAAGACGUACGACCGUUCUGACAUCACCUGCCUCGAACAGACCGAAAGCAACGUGUCUACUGCUGUCUUCGAGGUCAAGCCCGGAGCCACGCUCAAGAAUGCCAUCAUUGGAAAGAACCAAAUGGAGGGUGUCCACUGCGAAAUGUCAGACUGCACGAUCGAGAAUGUGUGGUGGGAAGAUGUGUGCGAAGAUGCCCUGAGUAUCAAAGGUGGGAACGCCUCCAGUGUCUCGAGAGUCAUCGGUGGCGGUGCUCGCUAUGCGGAUGACAAGGUGAUCCAGCACAACGGAGUUGUCGUCGAUGGCUUCUUCGCUCAGGACUUCGGCAAGCUUUACCGCUCGUGCGGAAACUGCAAGAGCAAUCCUGCCCAGCGUUUCCUCGUCAUGAGCAACAUCUAUGCUGAUCUCAAUGUUAUUCAGACUAAACGUUCUGGUAAGAACACGAGCAUUGUCAUGAUGAACGGGAAUUUUGGAGACCAUGCUGUGCUUCCCGGUGUGCGUGUACUCCUAUGA